UGGUCUAUGUUGGUGAACAAAGGUUCAUACAAGCAUUUUGACUCAGUGGACUUACCGUAGAUGUUUAUAUUCAACUGUCAGUGUUGAGGUAUUGCUCAUAUUCACUGGAGGUUUCUCCUAAGCAGGGCACACGGCACGUCACUCGGGCAAGAUGGCGCAGAGUUUGAUGUUUUGGAAGCGAAAGGACGAGAUUUCGAUCGAGGAGGCGAUAGAGCGCCUCCGAAAUCUGCAAGAAGUUCUGUCUAACAAAACUGAUUACUUUGAAAAGAAAAUUGAUAUUGAAACGAAAACUGCAUUGGAAAGCAGAGGGAAAAAUAAGAGAGCUGCACUCCAGGCCCUGCGACGGCGUAAGCGAUAUGAGAAGCAGCUGCAACAAGUGGACGAAACGACGGCGUCACUGGAGGUGCAGUUGGAGGCGUUAACAUCGGCUACGGUGAAUGUCGACGUCGCCAAUUUCCUGAGGUUGACGUCAGAGGCGAUACAACGUACCUUCGGCAACAUGACAGCGGACAAGGUGGCGGACCUGAGGGACGAGGUGUCUGACAGGAUGGAGGAUGUAGAAGAGAUGGGCAACAUCCUGGCACAGCCUCUUGGCGGCGAGGAAUUUGAUGACGAUGAUCUUCUGGCGGAGCUAGAGGAAAUGGACCAGGAUGAUCUCAUACAAAAACUGAGCGACAUCCAGUUGCCCUCAGUGCCAACCGAGGAGCUCAAGACAAAAGGCGACAAGAAGUCCGGGAAAGCGAAAGAGGAAGAGGAGGAAGAAAGAGAAAUGAGGAAGUUUGCUGAAUGGAUGUGACGUCACUCCACAAGGAGUGACGUCACACCAUCCUCUACGAUCCAGUAGGUUUUAAUGUCCCUUCUGCUAGUAUUUAAUACUUGUAUUUGUCAAGUUGGAAUCUAUAGAUGAUAUGUACAGAAAGUAACUUAAAUACAAAAAUAGAUGUGACGUGUGGCCCAAAUCCACUUUUUACAAUCCAGUCGGUUUUAUUCUCCAUUUCCCAUACUCUACCUAUAGGAUCGAGAGAUGAAUUGCAGCAUGUAAAAAGGAUUGGAUCCGGUAGCACAACAUCAAAAGAAUGUACCCCAAAAGAGACAGAGAGAGAGAGAGAGAG